AUGGGCGGGUCUAAGCAGUCAUCCAGAGGGACACUGCAAAAGACCACCGUGAGGCGGCUCCAUGCGGAGCCGCCUCUCCGGCUGCAGGGGACGUCAGGGCUGUCCCUGAGCCUCCGCCAGUAUAAAUUAUGCCGGUGGAGCCCGCGGCUCAAGAUUGACGGGAAACCGCUAGCGAGGAAUGGAUGCUUGGUCUCCGCCGGAGGAUUCCAGGAAAGACCGUUGGUGCGGGCAGUUGUCGCUCUGGCUGCGGAGCGAGAGGAGACGGCGGGAACCCGCGGCUGUUCUCGCAUUGCCCUCAUUUUGUACAAACGGGAGCCUUCCCUUCGGUUCAGUUACAGUAUGAGCUUCCUCAGAGAGACGGACUGGUCCGCGUUUACCUCACUGCACCAGCUCCAAGCUUCCCUGAGGGAAGCUGCCCGGAAAACGCUUGGGAAUAAGGCUGCCUCUCUUAUUUCGCUUCACGGCAGUGAAAUCCCUAGCUCUGAGGUUCUUAGAGCAAUUGAAAAUGUUACUGAAGAGAUUAUAACAAGCUUGUCCAGAAAUGAAGCACCUGUUCUGUUCCUGAAUAACAGAUCAGAUUGGGAAAACAUACAGUUUAGAGAUUCUGUAGGUUUGCAGAUGGCAUCUCAUUGUACCAUGAGAAAAAUAAGAAGUGACUGUCCCAAAUCAGCCCCAAAGUUUGCACUAUUCUUUAAAAUAUUAUCUAUCAUCUAUAAGAUGGUGCAGACCAAUAUUUAUGCAACUAAAAGAGAUGUAUUUUAUACUGACGUGCAGUAUUUUGGCAACCAAAGAGUUGUGGACAACAUUAUUAAUGAUAUUUCUUGUAUGCUCAAGAUAUCUAGGAGGAGUCUACACAUUCUGUCUACCAGCAAAGGAUGCAUUGCUGGUAAUUUAAGUUAUGUUGAAGAAGAUGGUUCAAAAGUGAAUUGUGCCUGCAAUACAAUGACUGCUGUGCCAUCUAAUGUUGAAGGAAUGAAAAAUUUGAUCACCGAUGCAAAAUUUAUUCUAAUUGUAGAAAAAGAUGCAACAUUUCAAAGACUCUUGGAUGAUAACUUCUGCAGUAAAUUGUCCCCAUGUAUAAUGAUUACGGGGAAAGGUGUACCAGAUCUGAAUACAAGACUUUUAGUAAAAAAAUUAUGGGAUUCAUGUCAUGUACCUGUCUUUGCUCUUAUGGAUGCUGAUCCACAUGGUAUUGAAAUAAUGUGUAUCUAUAAAUAUGGAUCUGCAUCAAUGUCAUUCGAAGCCCAUCACCUCACAGUUCCAGCGAUAAGAUGGCUUGGAGUUCUUCCAUCUGACUUUGACAGACUGAAUAUACCUAAGAGUGCACUGAUUCCACUGAGUAAACGGGACCAAAGUAAGCUAUCCAGUUUGCAGAUGAGACCUUACAUUUCUUAUCACCCAACCUGGAAAAAAGAACUCGAUAUUAUGGCAGAAUCUAAAAUGAAGGCAGAAAUUCAAGUUUUGACUUCUUUUACAUCAGAUUACCUAUCCAAAGUGUAUUUGCCAAACAAAUUGCAAUUUGGUGGAUGGAUAUGAAUAUUUGCACAAACUUUCAAAUGGCAGGUUUUGCCCACAGCUGUUAAAACAGGUUUAUAAAAUGGCAGUCAUUCUGAAUGAAACACGUUGAAAAUAUUUGGUUGCAGAUUUUGAAAAUGUUUUUGAGAAUUUCUUCUUGCUUAUCUUUAUAAUAUUUUCCCCAUGUCCUGAUCUAUGUUCGCAGCACUACACAGAGAUGCAUUACGUUUAACAUUUAUUGAUCACAUGUUAAAAUAAAUUACUUGACCUCUCUGAUCUUGUAUUUUUAGCAAAUCAAAUUAUUUUUUCAAUGUUAAAUCAGAAUAAUAAUAAUAAUAUGCAUUUUUGUCAUUUUUUUACAUUGCUUUAGCCUUGCAUGCAAAGGAAUU